AUGAAUAGCUUCAAGCUCAGCGACAUCUUUGGAGGCUGGGUGACACCCGUAACUAACCCACCCGGUUACACCCUUAACUACCCAACCGAUACAACUACCCCACCAGUGACACCAUCAGCUACCCCACUAGUGACACCAUCAGCUACCCCACUAGUGACACCAUCAGCUAACCCACUAGUGACACCAUCAGCUACCCCGCUAGUGACACCAUCAGCUACCCCGCUAAUGACACCCUCAGCUACACCACCAGUGACGCCAUCAGGCACCCCACUAGCGACACCCUCAGCUACACCACUAGCGACACCCUCAGCUACCCCACACGGUAACACCCUAAACAACUCACCCAGUGACACCCUUAAAAAUCCCACCGAUACAGCUCAACCACCAGUGACACCAUCAGCUACCCCAACCGGUGACAUCAUCAGCCAACUCAACCGGUGA